AUGGAGGAUAUAACUUCAGCAAUUGGGUUGGCUGACAAGUUUGUUGAAUCAUCUGUAGAAGUACGAGACUGUGUUUCACAAGGCAAACCUGAUUCUUCCCUGGCAAAUCAGCUGGAUGAAGAAGUCGAGAUAGAUGCUUCGUACAUGCUAGUUGCCAAAGACAACUAUGAGCUUGACAGAAACAAUGAGGCUAUUGUUAAAGAAGUGCUUUUCGAGGAGAAAGCUGGUGUGCUUCAGAGCCAAAAAUGGUCUGAUGCAUUGUCUCCUCUUGAUGCUGAUACAACCGAGAGUGAGAAGGACCAUAAAACCUGUCGUCAAGAACAGCAGCCUGUUUAUGUUGCUGAUGAUUUUGAUAUGACAGGUUUCUCGGGAAGCAAGAUAAAUGAUGUGCCUGAUAUGCAAUCAAUGGUUCCUGAUGCUGAUAUUGAGGCUGGGAAGUUGAAGAAUGUAGUUUGCAAGGAUGAUUCGUGUGUUUCCGAAGGGGCAGGAGGUGAUAAUCUCACGAAAAACACAUUAUGUCAUGCUAAUCCGCCACCCAACUUGCAUGAGGUUGAAAAUUAUGAUGAUAUUGGAAACAAGAAAACUGAAAAACAUGAUACCAAUGUAGUUGAAAGUGGUGAUGGACUGGAGGAUUCGAUCAAGGCAAACUCGAACUCUGAAUCCAUUAGCGCCUAUAAUCGAUCAACAGAUGUCAUAGAGGAAGCGAAUGAGAUUGAAGGCCCACACUUGGAUAGAGUUUCAAACAGGGAAGAUGAAAUAAAGGAACCUGAACUAGGUAGGGAUAACAAGGUACAAGGAGAGGGUGCUGGCAAAGAUCUUAUGUCUUCUGCAGUAAACAACAGAGAAAAUGAGUUCAAGAGAACUUCAAUAGAUCAAUCGAAGUUAGAGUUGAUGCAUUCAACUCAAUUCUUCGAGCAUUUCGGUCAAAGUUCUGUUGCUGUUGUUGAUGGCCAUGCCCGAGAGUCUGGACCGGCUGCAUCCAGGACUAGUACUGUAACUUUGCAAGGAGAGUCUGAUAAUGGCUCUGUUAAACCUCAACUCGAUACGACCAUAGGUGAUGUUUCGGUUGGAUCCAGUAGCCAUACUGAUAGUUUGGAAGCUCAUUGGGGAUCCAUUUCAGUUAUUUCAACCCAAUCUGAUGCAUUUUCUGAAGCAGAGAAAGCCAAGAAGUCGAGAACUACAUCCGAGCAAUGUUUUGACAAGUCCUACGAAUUCGACCUACCAUCUUUCAUAACACUGGUUGAGUCUGGAGGUCAUGACCAAAAAUCCAUCAUGUCUGAAAUCCGAUCAGUACAGACUACUCGAAGCCCUCGAGCAAUGCCUUUGCAAGCCAGUUGUUUUCCUUCUGAUACUCGUGUGGCAAACGAGUCUCCAGGAAGAAAGAACCAAGAGAUCAUAAAAAAAGUAACCAACUGGAAUGCAAAUCAGCACACACCUCAACACUGA